AUGGACAACACUACGAACACAGGAAGCACUUCAAGAUCCGGCGAUUCUAACGCGGCCCCAUUCAUGGCCGACUUAUUACAGAAGCUUGGGGGGCCAAAGGAGGCGAUGAAGGCGUUCGCCAUGUUCGCCGCCACGAUGGGAAAAACCACACCAGCCGUUUCAACAUCUGCCGCACCACCACCACCAAAAAUUUCAGAGGCUUCACCACCCCAACCAGAGGCCGUUCAUGCCGUUGCAGAACCCGCCACCGCUGUCGCAGAAACAACCACUGCAGAAAUACGAGUAGAGGAGGCAGAUCUGGCAGCGGGGUUGGAACUGUUGGCUGGAAGCGACCCGAGGUUAGAUUCGUUCGUUGAGAGGGAAACCCCUGUUACUGAGAAGUUCGGAGAGGGGGAGAUCCCUGGUGUUUGUGAGAGUGUUUCGGAGGAGAGAACCCUAGAGCAGACGGAGGGCGACGAAGCCCUAAUUUCCGAGAAAGCUGUGGAGGGGGAAACCCUGGAAGUAUUUGGGGGCAGUGAGGCCCAUGUCUCUGAGAACGUAAGUGAGGGGAAGACCCCCGAAAGAGCUGUGGGUACUGAGACCCAUGAUGAGGAAGGUUCGGUUGGGGUGGAAACCCCUAUUUACAUCACGGGGCCAACCCCCUUGUUGACUGAGGAAGGAGAAGCCCUCGACUCUGAAAAUGUACAAGACCCUGUAGGUGAAAGGGUAAAGUUAAUCAUGGAUGUCCCAAAGGGGACAAUUUCAUCGGCAAAUGCAAGGGAUGCCCGUAGACGAGCCCGCCGGAGCUUGUUAGAUGAAGUUGAUGAUACGGGAAAGGAAGCGCUGGGUUAA